GGACCGUGAUCAGUGCAUGAGAGCGCGUGGAACGGCUGGAUGGAGCCGGAGCAGCUGGGAUUCGGAGGGGCCCGUCCUGGAGGAAUGGUCAAGUCCGUCUCGGCAUAUGCAGAGCUGCAGCAGUCUGACAGGAAGUCUUCUCCGGUCAGCGUUUAUGUCCCGCCCCCUGACUACGAGUGUCAUAAUGAUGACAUCAUCAAACCACGGAAACUCAGCAACCCUGUGAAGGAGUCCAAGAGCCACCAACAACUGCACCGAGAACUGCUCACCACCUGCAAACGGGCUGGAGACUCGGUGGAGUUGAAGCCGGAGCUGCAGCGUGUGAUGGAGGCACGGAGGAGGGACCAAAGGCUGAGGCUGAGGAGGCAGGAAGAGGAGGCCCACAAGAAGCUCUCCCCUCUGGAACAGGAGCUGCAGAGGAGGCACCACAUCCUGGAGGAGUUGGAGCAGCAGGAGCAGAGGCAGAAGUUAGAGUCCAGUCGAGCUCCAGAGUUCAUCAAAGUCAAAGAGAAUCUGAGGAGGACCAGUCGGGAACUGAACCAGGACCAGGACUAAACCAGGACUAAACCAGGUCUAACCUAGGUCAAAGCCAGGACUAAACCAGGUCUUACUCAGGACUAUUCCAGGACUAAACCAGGACUAACCCAGGAUUAACCCAGGACUAAAACAGGUCUAACCCAUGACAAAACCAGGUAUAACCUCAGAAUAAACCAGGACUAAACCAAGUUUAAACCAGGACUCCUCUUGGUUUUAUGGAUUACUUUAGAGCUUAUGGUCCUGCAUGCUUGGGGCACUCACUUCUUCUCAGAUCUGAUUUGGAGACCGUUUUAAAGUGGUGGAUUAAACUCACAGCAUUGUAGAGUUUGAUCAUAAUCUCACAUGGAGAGCAGGGGCCUAUAUAACUGUAUGGGAGAUUCACUGCUUUUUCAAAGAAAUCUUCAAACGUCUGAUCCACAAAUGUUGAACCUUUUCAUUAUUUGUUUGGGACUGGCUCCACAAACUUAUGGUAUUAAUCUUAUAUUUUAAAGUCCUGAGGAGCAGUGUGGUUUCCGCUCCACUGGAGCAGCUCUAUACUCUCUAUUGGUGCUUGAGGGUUCAUGAGUUUACUGCUGCUCCUCCAUGUCAAGUGGAGCCACCUGAUGUGUUCCGGAUGCCUCCUAAAUGCCUUCCUAGGGAGGUGUUCCAAGCAUGUCCCACCAGGAGGAGAUCCUGGGAAAAAAACCCCAGGACAUGCUGGAGUGACUAUGUCUCUCGGCUGACCCCUCACCCCAGAGGAAAUGUCUGGGGUGAGGGAAGUCUUGGAAUCCCUGCUUAGCUUGCUGCCCCCACUACUCAGCCUUAGAUAAGCAGAAGAAAAUGAUUGAAUGGGCUUAAAGUAAUUUCAAUUGACAACAAUCACGUCCUUGGGGCUGAAUAAUGGCACCACUUUACGAAGAUACUGUGAAAAAAAAAAAUCACUUUCACUAACAGAGAAGAUGUUGAACUUUGUGCCAGUUUUUGUUUAAUGUGUAAGACCAGUAACUACAGAGAACAGAGAUAUUAACCAUGAACCAGGUCAACACAUCUGCAAUCUGAAAAAGUAAUAAGUCAGUUUGACCCUAGAAACCAACCAGCCAUCCAAUUAUAAUUCAGGCUGACUUAAACCCAAAUGAAUGAGUGAUUUUAUGCAGUGAUGUCUAAGCUGUGCUCACGUCUGCUCUAUAGUUAUAAUCAGUGACACUCAUUAAGUUAUAAUUUGGACAUUCUAAAAUUACUUAAUAAGAGAAACAAGUCAGCUAACGUAGCUGUAAAUGUCAUCACAACAAGGCUCUGCAUGCUGUCAACCCCAUCUAUGGAUAGCUGCACACUAGUGAACAAAAUAUAUAUUUUUUUCAUUUGUACUGAAAUAACUACGUGAUGCUGCCUAAUCUUACGUGUAUCACUGAAUAAGAAAAUAAAACUGGAGUAGGAAGUGUGUAUGCCACUGUGGGUGUGAGCAUUCAUGGGAAAGCUCUGCUGAAGGGACUGGAUGCACUUACACUUUUAUUGUGAAAAUCCAUCUUCCUGUGUGAUUUUCAUUUUGUAAAAAUUGUGAAUAAAUUAAGCGUCUAAUUUAUGAUGUUAAUUAUUUGUAAUAAAAUUUAAUACGUCUGA